AAAAACCACACUGCGCCCGAUGUCGAUGUGGCCAGCACUGCAGUGUCCAUCAUCGUUAGCACGAGUAAGUCUUUGUUACAAUAACCCACCUCGUCAGUUAGCUUUCAGCAUGCCCGGGAAAUGGAACGGCAACCAGAGCCCGGCAAGCUGCCAUCCACAGACGAUACAAUUCCGAUGGGCCUUCCAGCUAACCGUGCAAUGUGCGUAUGGUGCCUUUUUAUUUCCCCUUAGACGCCGGCCCGUCCGUUCUAGCUCCGAUGACGAAGAUGCCGCGCGUCUCACCAAACCCAAAAGGCCUGCUGCAGCAGCAUACGCACGUGCGCCCACUUCUCUCUUCAGUGGUAUUAGUCCCCUACGUCCAGGGCCAUCAACAGGCAACCGUAAGUAUCGCGUUCAUAGGCCCCUAUUAAACAGUAAUCGUGUAGUGGACUCGGACCCAAAGAGAACUAAAGAUGAAUACAUGAUGAUCAGAAAUAACAAGACUCACAGAAGGGUUCCGACGCGGGUUAGAAGUCCAACCACAUAAAACUUUCUAGUCCUCUUGCAUCAGCAACUCCGAUGGACGACAAACGGCGAUGGUGAAACCAGUUGAGACGGAACGAGAUCUGUAGAUGAAUAUUGCUCUAAGUUAGAACGUAGUGACCGACAAUGCCAUAAACUCCGUAGCACAAGAACACAG